ACUAUCAGAAUAACUUCAAUUGGAAGAAAGGAAAUGCAAGGAGCAAAUCUCACUGUUUGGACCUUUUUUUUCUUGGAGGGGUUUUGCAGAUACCCAAAGUUAGAGACUGUUCUCUUUGCCUUCAGCCUUGUAAUGUAUCUGAUAACCCUCUUGGGCAAUGGCAUUCUAAUUUUAAUCACUAUCCUAGAUUCACACCUCCAUACCCCCAUGUACUUGUUCCUUGGAAAUCUCUCUUUCAUGGAUAUCUGUUACACUUCUGCUUCUAUUCCUACUUUGCUGGUGAACUUGCUGUCAUCCCAGAAAAUCAUUGUCUUUUCUGGGUGUGCUGUGCAGAUGUAUCUGUCCCUUGCUAUGGGUUCCACUGAGUGUGUGCUCCUUGCUGUGAUGGCCUAUGACAGGUACGUGGCCAUUUGCAACCCGCUGAGAUACUCCAUCAUCAUGAACAGGCAGGUCUGUGUGCAGAUGGCCACUGUGUCCUGGGUGACAGGCUGCAUGACUGCCCUGCUAGAAACUAGUUUUGCUCUGCAGGUACCCCUCUGUGGGAAUCUCAUUGAUCACUUCACUUGUGAAAUUCUGGCAGUGCUAAAGUUAGCUUGCACAAGUUCACUGUUGAUGGACUUGAUCAUGCUGAUGGUCAGUGUGCUCCUCCUACCCAUCCCAAUGCUCUUAAUUUGCAUCUCUUAUGUCUUCAUUCUUUCUACUAUUCUGAGAAUCAGUUCAGCAGAGGGAAGAAACAAAGCUUUUUCUAACUGUGGUGCACACCUGACUGUGGUGAUUUUGUAUUACGGGGCUGCCCUCUCCAUGUACUUAAAGCCUUCUUCAUCAAACUCACAAGCAGUAGACAAAAUCAUCUCAUUGCUUUAUGGAGUGCUUACCCCUAUGUUGAACCCCAUAAUUUACAGUUUAAGAAACAAGGAAGUCAAAGAUGCUACAAAAAAGCUGCUGAGCAAAAUAUCUUUGUAUCAAACUCAUGAAAAUCUCUGA